CGCGCCGGGUUGGGCGGGGCAACCGGAAGCGCGGUCCCCUGAGCGCAACAGGCUGCGCGAAGGGCCGCGGCCGGAGCCGGGCUCGGGAUGGACAAGCUGAAGAAGGUGCUGAGCGGGCAGGACACCGAGGACCGGAGCGGCCUGUCCGAGGUGGUUGAGGCAUCAUCAUUAAGCUGGGGUACCAGGAUAAAAGGAUUCAUCGCAUGCUUUGCUAUAGGAAUCCUCUGCUCACUGUUGGGAACUUUUCUGCUAUGGGUGCCCGGUAAGGGACUCUCCCUCUUCGCAGUGUUCUACACCUUGGGUAACAUCGCAUCAAUUGGGAGCACUAUCUUCCUCAUGGGCCCCAUGAAGCAGCUGAAGCGCAUGUUUGAGCCCACGCGUCUGAUUGCAACGAUCCUGGUGCUGUUGUGCUUUGCACUCACCUUGUGUUCUGCCUUUUGGUGGAAAAAAAAGGCACUUGCCCUCAUCUUCUGCAUUUUACAGUCCUUGGCCUUGACGUGGUAUAGCCUCUCCUUCAUUCCAUUUGCAAGGGAUGCUGUGAAGAAGUGUUUCACUGUGUGUCUUGCAUAAUUCACUGCCAGUUUUGCAAACCUCUGAAGGCACCAUGGCUGGAAGUUGGUGGUCAGCUUUGUAAAUAUCCUCUCAACCUCUGUCUUACAGACAUGUGCCUUGUAUUUCACACUAGGGUGUCGCCUGCAGCUAGAACAUUUGAGGGUGGCCUUUCAAGCAUCAGUAGAUUCCCAAACCCCGUGUCUCUUAACACCGUAUGAGAGGUGGGUUCUGUGUCUUAAUGGAGCAGAAUCUUCCUCCCACAACUGUUUUCUCUUGGGUUGUUGUCCCACUGAAUUCUCAUAAAUAAAACUUUGCUAAACAGCAGCAGCCGAGCCUCUGGUGGAAGCAGGCAGCUCCAUUAGAGGUCACAGGGGUGCCACAGUGAGGGACACAGAAUUUUGGGGUCAACGUGGACUUUGCAUAUUUGUCCCUCCGCAUGGAGGCCACCGCCACUACCCCAAUCAGUGGGACACACUUGUACUCCAGUGUCUGAGAACAAAUGAUUCUGCCCACCCCAGGCUGGGGGGAGCCCGGCCAAGGGGCUCAGGAGAAAUAACACCUUCUGGUGAUUCGUGUUCUUUCCUGAUCUGGACCUAGGGUCUGCUGCAGUUCUGAAACACGCCUGACUGUGGAAUGUGUUUCUGGUGUUCAACGCAGAAACUUUUUUUCUUGCUUUGUGCCCCUCCCACCCAUAUCUUUAUUUGUGACCUUACGCUAGGUCAAACGAGAUCAAAGUUGCAGAAAACACUGUUCCUUCCUUUUGGACAAGAGCCAAAAGGAGGUGAAAAACCUUGCCGCUUCUUCCUGUACUUUUUCCUUUUCAUUAUGUAUAAAUAUUUGCUUUCAAACUGAUUGUAUUUUCCGUUCUUCCCUGGACUAGGGCCAGGGAGAGUGGGUAGGAAGACAGAUCCCUGGUGUGAGCCAGCAGGAAGUCGCUGCCCCUGCCCAGUGACCUCUGAACAGUGCUGGCAUUCAACGUGGGGCCGAGCAGGGACAGAGGACACUGAGCUGCAGGUGGUCACAUCGUGGCCGGAUGCCUGGCCCCACACACAGUGCUUUUCUGUCCCCCACCUUCCUUCGCCCCACAAGGCUCUUCCUCUUAGAAGAACCAACCUGGGAAGCCUAGACUUAGGGGGAGCAGGGCUUGUUACCCUGCUGUGCAGUCACGGAAACUGAGGCCCAAGUUGGUCUCCACAUCCACCCAAAGCCACGGCUGUGGCCAGGCUGAGCCCAGAGCCCAGGGACCCCAGCUUGGCCUCCACUGUGACUGCUUCUUGGCACGUUUCCGGUCGUGCCCGGGUAACCUCUUGGAACUCUUUUCCUUGUUGCUGUCAGCCUAGCUUGUGCCUUUUCUGGUUCCUGUCUUUACGUCGCUUGUGCCAUCUCCUACCUGCUCCUGCCUCCACCUCUUUUUUUGGCAGCUACCUGCUGGGUCUGUAGAGGGUUCAUGGUUCCUUGUAUACCUUUCUAGCUGCUCCCACAGCUUCCAGCUGCAUGGAACCGUGGGUUGACAUGCUCCUUGCCCCGGGCUCUUGGCUCUGUGAGCUUUGGGAGGUUGCUGCCCUCCAGAUGGGUCCCUGCGGCCCUCUCCCCCUUCUCCAUGCCCUGAGCCUGCUUAUUGGCUAUUAGCCAGAUUAAGAACUAACUCAUGAUUUCCUCUCCUGCCUCACUAGCUGAAAGGCUUCUCCUUUUGCAGAGUGAACUCAGGGGAGCCUUUAGUUCUUCAGCUCCUCUGUAUGGCUGCUGCUCAGACCCAGCUCGAGGUGUCUCGUUUCUGGGAAGCAUGAAGCAUGGCCCCUACUUGAGCAUUUUCCUGGUGUGGUUAUCUCCGUGCUGCAACAUCUGACCUUACCCUUGUAUGGUGCCUGAGCAUUAUCUGCCUGGCUGCUACUUCCCUUCCACCUAAUCACUGUGUGCUGAGAGAACAAGAAAUAAAACCAUGAAAUGCAUUCCAAAUACAGUUAUUUUUGAUACUGCCAUUAGAAUAAUUAACAAGUAGAAGAUACCUUUAAACAGUGUGGAGGGCUGGGGAUUCGGCUGAGUGGUGCCACCUCCUGCCUUGCAAGCGCAAGGUCCUGAGUUCGAUCCCCCGUACUGCCAAAAAAAAAAAGUAGAGAAUUUGGCUGGUUUGGCUUCUGCUUCUUUAACCUAAGUGAUGAGAAAUAGUGAAUUGGGAAGUUGAAGCACAGCUCUGUCUACAGACUUUGUAAUCUGUGGGGCAGCGGACACCAGGCCUUUAUCUUCUCUUGUUAGAGAACUUCUGUCUAGAAUCAAUUGCAGAAUUAUAAAAACUAAAAUUCACAGCCUAGCUAAAAAUGUCCAGAAAAUUAAAAGUAAUCAGUGUUUAAAGGUAUAUUAAGUAAUUUGCUAGAAUUUUUGGCAUACUUUUUAAAUAUUUCAACAUCUAGGAUUUUUGGGGUGUAUUUAACACACAAUAGUUUACCGAUAGCAUUUUAAAAAAAUGAAUAGACCUGCAGUGGAAAUUAAGUAUAGAUUAUGUCUGUGUAACUCCUGAUAUAAAAAAAAAAAACACGAGAAGUCUAAAUUGUUUGGAAGUAUUUGCUAAAAUCAGCAGGUGACCUUAAAGGACCUCCAGACUCAUACUUUAUGAAGUUCUGGGAUCUUGUGUGCUUUCAGUCUGGUGAAGAAGAGUGUGGUGAUUUAUUUGAUCCCAGGUCGCUUGGGACAGGGUAUUUGGAUCCAGUUUGGUUGUUCCCACUUCUACUUCAGAUGCAUGGGUGGCGCCCAGCACCUGAUAGUCAAGCUUUGCCGUUGGCUCCUCGGGCUUCUGCUGCUGUAUGAUGGGUGGGGAGUAGCGGAGCCUUCGCUAGUGCAAGUCAACAAAAUAAAAUCACAUCCUUCCCAGCAGGAGUUGAGAACUGACACUAGACUUAGAAAUGUACCAAAUUAUUUUCUCGCAACUUUUUGUUACUGUUUUUAAUGCCGGGGAUGGAACCCAGGGCCUUGUGCUUGCUAAGCAAGCUCAACCACUGAGGCACACCCCCAGCUCCUGAAAGUGGUUUUCUAUAGACUGGCUGAUCUGAAACCAGCGAAAAUGAGGCCAGUAGACAGGAGAAACUUUGCUCUUUGAAGUGGAAGUUCAUUCCACAGCAUUGUGACAAACAGUAGUGAUGUAUAUAGUCACAAUGAAGUAAUGCCAUUGUAUUAAUAAAUAGCCACCAAAAAGCAAAGCAACAGCAAAAGAAAUACUGUCUCUGAUCUAAAUGGGCUGGCUGCUUCGACAUAACAUCUUCGUGAGGCAACCUUUGAGAUCAAAAGGAAAUUGGAAUCUGGACCAAUGUGCCUGUCGAAAGUCCAUGCUGCAACAGGAAGUGAGGCUGGGCUAAGGAACUAUAGUUUAUAUUCAAUUUUGUGGUCUUUCUGCUAUGAAAAAUGUUCAUUUUGCCCCCCCCCAAUAUAUUUGCUUGACUUAACAAACUUGAAUAAGGAAAGGAAAGGAAAAAAAUAACCCUCUGAACUUUGAUCUUUUGUAAAUUCUAAUUGUGAAGUUGGGUGUAAGGACAUUCAGAAGCUUAUGGUGAGGGCUGGGAAUGUAGCUCAGUGGUAGAGCACUUAACUACCAUGCCCGAGGCCCAAGGUUCCAUCCCCAGCACCAAGAAAAUUAAAAGCCUAUGGUGAAUUUGUACAAAUACUGUGCCUAUUGAAUAUGAUGAACUUUUUAAAACACUGUUAAAAUGAGUCACUUUUUGUAAUUGUAUAGAUACAACUAAUUUUGAAUGCUACUGAUUGCAUAAUGCAAUUUUGUAUUACAAAAUAUAUUCUUGAGUACUACUUAUCCUUUCUUGUGAAUCUAUUUCAUAUAAUAUUGUUUUCCUUUACUGAUUUCAAAGAAAAAGAAUGUUACUGGUAACUAAGCUGUCUAUUCCCUCCUUCCUGUCACAUUAUUUUUUGCUUUUUUUCCCUUCUACAAUAAAUGGUAGUAUUACAGUCUUUAAUAAAUCUAGUGUUGUCUCUUG